CUUGUUGGAUAAUACACAAUUUAUACUCUCAAAAAGUCUAUAUUGGUCUCAUUACCAUGGCUAGGAUCAGUCUGAUCUUCAGCUUUGCAUUCACUGGUUUCAUAAUGUUGUCUAUGUCACAGAUUGCAUUAGGGGUUUCAAGGUCCUCUCAACUGUUACCAAAGCCUGCUGAGACAGUGGUUGUUACCAAAGCCACUACAGAGAAGACUGGUAAUACACAGGCACCAGCAGCGAAAAAGUUAGUGCAAAUGAAGGAUAGCGGUGCUCAAGGGGUGAACUUAAAAAAGGACGAGGUUUACCACGUCUCGAAAACUGAGGCUAAUGGAGAAGUGGUUGUGAAGCGAGGGGUGGCUAGCUUUAAUCCAAAGAACUCAAAGAAGGUAAAUUGGGAUUUGCCUAUGAUGUAAAAAAUUAGGAGUAAGCUGUGAAUGAGGCUAGGGUCGUCUUUCUCAUCCAGUUAUUGUCUUUUGAAUUUCAAAAUUUCCUAAAAUCUGCUUGCGGUCAGCAUGUUUUUACUUAUGCUCUAUUUAAAUAAAUG